CACUUCGCGCUUGUCUUAAACAAUGGCAUUCGCGCAUGGGCUUACGGAAGCUUCACAUGGUCAAACUUUCUGUGUUUGCGGUUCUACGGAAGCCACGUUUGGUUAGUGGCAUUCCCUGGUUGUUUCAUGAACUGGUUCUCACGUGUUGCUGACAUACGCUUUCUUCUCAUCUGAAACGAUUUUGAAUUAAGUACAUGACUUAAAGCGCUCUAAUAUGGCAGAACGAGAUCUCUCAAUGACGAGUCAGCUAGAUGAUGUGCUUAGUGCGCUGUACGAUUUUGGUGAUGAUACCGUGCCACACAAGAAGAAAAAAACUCAAAGUGUACCUGAAAUCCAGCAGAGUCCAGCAGCACCAAUAUCGAAUAAGAGUGAAAAAGAGGAUUUUGAAUUAAAUGUUGCUAUUCCCAAUACAUGCUCCAGCCACAGGAAAAGAAAUGUUACCCUGUUCUUCGAUUCAUUAAAAGAAGAAAUGUGUAACAGGACUAAGUCCACAGAGGCCUCAUCCACAGUUGCAAAUAGUAAUCAGUGUUCAGAGAACAGCAUUGAAGUUGUGACAUUCAGAAGCAGGAAGAAAGCAAAAUCACAAAUUGAACCAGAGAGCUGCUCUGAGACAGUCUUGAUAGACAAGGAAAAAGAAGAAAAUGGACAAAAAGGACAAUCAUUUAAUUUUGAGAAGGCACGCCUGGAAAUUCACAAGUUUGGGAUUACAGGCUACAGGAAAGAAAAGCAAAGAACAUUUGAACAAGAAAGGGCAAUCAUGCUGGGUGCCAAACCACCUAAAAAAGAAUAUCUGAAUUACAAAGUGUAUCAAGAGAAGCUCAAAGAAAAAGAAAAAAUCAAGCGAGAAGAGAGCACAAUGGAGAAGGAUCCUGUUAAAAAGAAGCAAAGGAAAAGACAAGAAGGAAAAAAGCCCAAAAAGGGCUCAUCAUCUGGAGGCUUUGUCCCAGCAGGUCAGGUUGGUAAGUUUAAGAAUGGAGCACUGAUACUGAGCAGCCUUGACAUUAAGAAGAUUAAGCAAUCCAAAGUCGGCAAAUGAUACUUUCUGCUGUGAUUGGGCACCUUGCUCUUGAACUUUGGGCAAUAAGGAUAUACAUUAACUUGUGGCUCACCAUUUUAUAAUCACUGGAGCUGCACAGGACCUCUUAUCCUGGGAUACUUGAAGUUUUAUCAGCAGAUGAAAGAGAGAGCAUCCUGCCAAUGGAGAAAUCAUGUAGUAGUAUCUGCCAUAACAUGGACUGGCUUUUUCCUUCUGUGGCAGCACAUGAAAUUAAGUACUCUUUAUAAAAAAAAAAAAAACAUUUUAAAAGUAUAACAAUUAACUAGAUGGAUUCAAUAUUUUACAGAAUGAUAUAAUUAUGAAUUUGUCUCAAACUUUUUUAUAACUAUUUUUUGUAACAUUGUUUCUAAUUACAGUGCCUAGUAGAGGCUUAUGCCAUGGGUCCCCAUGUGCAGGGGCCCUAAAGAACAGCCCUUACAGGUAUAAAGUGUGGAUAGGCUCAACAAUGUACCACAUAUUCAUGUCUGCUGUACAGACAGCAGUACCUUUACCUACUGGUUAAUAAAACCCACACAUUAUUUGUAUCACAUGACAAGCUGCAUUGUGGGCUAGUGCAAUAAUACACUUCAGUACAAUUGACUUACAAACUGUAAUGGCUAUUAAGUGUAUGAUAUUUACGUAAAAUAAACUGACUUCUAGGAUGAUUUAACAGCCA